GCUGCCUUUUCCGCCUUGCACUGAUGUUAUCUCGCGCAGACGAGACAAGAAGCAAGUGGCCAACGCGGAGUUGGAAGUUUGAACUAAGAAUAUCUUGCAGUUUAAGUUGACCGUAGAAAUAAGUCAAAAGCCACGGACGCCACAGAUAAAUUAAACAGCCAAGAUGGCCAUGAACAAAUGGACAGUUGCUGUUCUUGGUGUUAUUAUCCUAGUUGUUUGCAUUUCAUUGAUUAUUUUUCGUCCCGUUUGUGAAACAAAGGUGGAUCAUUUAUCAAAACACUUGAGUGAUUCUAUAAAAGAACGUCCAUACAAUAAUAGUUUAACCUCAGAAUUUAUUAAACGUCUUGGCACCGGGAACAUAGACGCCGUCAACGAAGACCUUUUAGAACACUUAAGAGGGAAAUGGAUUCUCCCUCCUUCCAAGCUGUCCUAUAAUCUUUCCAAACCAAAGGCAACAUACUGGGAUCAAAUGGGGCAAUCAAAAUUGGUAGACAAGAUUCUGAAGCAACGCCGCAAAGGAUUCUUCGUGGAAUCAGGAGCAUAUGAUGGAGAGGCUCAUUCCAAUUCUCUCUUCUUCGAGAUUUCACGAGAAUGGGAAGGAUUGCUUGUGGAGCCAAACCCGUGGUCCUUUGAAGUUCUUUUGAACAAAAACAGGAAAACUUACGCUGUUAAUACGUGCUUAGCAACGGGCAGCAAUCCCGCAAAGGUUGAUUUCACGUAUGCUCAGGAGAUAGGAGGAAUACCAAAACACAGUCAUGUAAUUCCUAAAAGAGAACAAAACUUGAUACAAGGAAAAAGUCGCAUACAGUGUUUUCCAAUUCGUUCUCUCCUGGCCGCCAUCGGCCGGACUCACGUGGAUUACUUUACCUUGGACGUAGAGGGUGCUGAGAUAGAAAUCCUUAAAUCGUUUCCAUGGGAACACGUCACAGUUGACGUAUGGACUAUAGAGUACGCAGUUCACGACGGAGGCCCUGAUACGCCAAAACGUGAGAAAGCAAUCAGGGAGAUCUUCAAAAAUACAGGACUCUACAGGAAGGGUACCAUUCUGGGAGGACAAGAUAUAGUGUUUGUUAGAAAGGACGUGCCACAAUGA